AUGACGAAACCAAUAGAUUUAGAAUUAAAGAAGGCUUUUUUAGAAUUGCAAGUGAAAAUGGUCGAGACAAGCAAAAAAAUCCAAAUGAUUGAUGUCCAAAUAGGCGUAAUGAAGAGAGUUUUACAUCACGCAGAUGUUACUCAACAAGAAAUAAGUUACUUACCACCUGAAACAAAAACUUACGAGUCUGUAGGGAGAAUGUUCCUUUUAACUGAUUUGAAAGAAAUAAAACAGAACCUUGAGAAAAGAAUAUCAGUAUUGUCGGUUCGUACAGACGAAUUAGUAGAAAAUAAACAGUUUUUAGAAAUGAAUCUCCAAGAAAGUGAAGACAACAUUAGGGAGAUGGUGCAACAAAAGAAGGAACAGGGUGAUUAA